CAAACCAAAUUGUUGUCAUAAUCGUAGCAUUUUUCUCGGAUUUCAUCGAAAUUUGGUGCCCGAACGAUGCCCGACACGACAAAUGAGGAGCUCAAGCGGCUCAUUCAGUACAUUAUCGUGAAAGUUCGCACAAUUGAGACGAAAUUGGAUGCGUUGUGCCUGGAUCGGGAGCAGCAAUUGGAGAAAGAGAGCAAAUCCAAGGCGCCCAAUGUCGUUGUUGUGCAGGAAAUUUCGCAAACGGACGACUUGGAGACGGAACCGAAGACAAAAUCGUCUCCCGUGAGCUAUGUUAUACGGAGCCCUUUGAAGAAAAUCUCUCCUGGGAAGCAGCAAAAGCCAAAAAUUGUUCGGGCAAAGUCUCCGUCGAAUUUUCACUUUACCCCCAUCAAUGACGACAAGGAGCUUUCGGUUAUUUCGAAGAAAAUUCUGCAUGAUCCCUUCUACAAAAGUGAUUUGCAAACUUAUAUAAAAUCCAAGGGAGAUAUCAAGUUGGAAAAUAUUUUUUCGCUGGAUUUCUUGCUGAAAUGCAACCACACCGGAGCAAAUGGGCAACGAAACAUGGAAAAUUUGGUCCCGUAUCAGCAAAUAUUUCGCGAACUGCUCUUGCGAUCCGGAAAACAUAUGGUCCAAAUCCGAACCAUGUCGCUGGAGGAGAUAAAUCGCUUGAAAAAUCGCGUUCGCAUGGCCAACAUACGAAACAAGGAGAAAUUUGGGACUGUUGUUGCGACAAAAACCGCCGAUAAGAGCUUGGAUGUCAACGAAAAUGACGCCGACGAGCAAGAAUCUGCCGUGACAUCGAUUACGGAACACAAUUAUGCCACCGGAACGGAAACGAAGCAUGGCGACGACGAGCUGAUUGAGGAAAUUUUGUUCGAGGAGGUCGAAGAAGACAUGGUAGAGACGUUGGAACAGGAAUCUAUGCCCGCAACUGCUGAAAUUGACGAAGGGGAUGACGAAACGGAGUCGGAAACGGAAGUCAGUCAAGGCGAAGUUUUCAAACCGAUCGCCUCGGAGGCAGAUUUGGCACGAGUUUCGUUCAAAAUUCGAUCUGACGCGAACUUUUUGAAGGAAUUACGGCUAAAAAUGGUGAAUGAAGCCAAAAUUGGACCUUGUAACUUGGAACAACUUUUCACGCCGGAAUAUUUACGGAACAUAAAUUAUCAGAAAAUUACACAAUUAUUACCUUACGAAGCCGUUUACUGCUUUUUGAAGAAGCAAAUUGGUCAAUCGGAUGCCUACAUUGAAGACGAUGCCAAAACGGAGCUCCGUAAGGUGAAGAAACGGCUUCAGGACGAACAGCAAGCGGAACGACAGCAACAAAAACGGAUGAAAGUUAAUGCAAAAGACAUUUACUGAUACAAAUUAAAUACAAAAUUAGUCCUCUA